AUGGAGGUCACUGCUCGAUGUGCUGCUGUGCUGCUCCUCUUGUUUCUGUCUCAGGCCCUGAUCACUGUUCACUCCCAGGAGGAGGAAGAGGCUGCCCAGGAGGGGGCGGUUGCCCAGGACGAGGAGCUUCAGGAGGAGGACCAGGAGGAGGUGAUAGAGACAUGGACGCGGAACAUAAAAGCUUGCACCUGUGACUGUGAAUCUGCUGAUUCACCCACACGUAUCCCCACUGUCAUCCCACCGACGUCACUGCUGCCACCACCUCAGGGUCACUCACAGAACUGCAUGCCAGAAUGCCCUUAUCACAGAGCCCUGGGCUUUGAAUCUGGAUCUGUGACAUCAGACCAGAUCAGUGCAUCCAAUCAGGACGAGUACACCGGCUGGUACUCCUCCUGGAUGCCCAGCAAGGCUCGUCUUAACAACCAAGGCUUUGGGUGUGCAUGGCUCUCCAAGUUCAACGACCAGUAUCAGUGGAUUCAGAUUGACCUGGAGGAGGUGGGUGUGGUGUCUGGCAUCCUUACCCAGGGCCGCUGCGAUGCCGAUGAGUGGAUCACUAAGUACAGCGUCCAGUAUCGCACUUUGGAAACCCUCAACUGGGUGUAUUACAAAGACCAGACAGGAAACAACAGGGUCUUCUAUGGGAACUCUGACCGCUCCUCUAUGGUACAGAACCUGCUGCGCCCCCCCAUCGUAGCUCGCUAUAUCCGCCUGCUGCCGCUGGGCUGGCACACCCGCAUCGCCAUGAGGAUGGAGCUGCUGAUGUGCAUGAACAAGUGUACCUGA